CCGGCCUAUCACCUAGCGCAUCAGUCACACCCGAAGCAGACUCAUCAUCACCACCAACAUCAUCCCUCAACCUGUCCAGCGUAACAGUCAAUGUACCCAACGAUAGAUUAAUAUGCUAUCUUCAGAACUGGGUUACAGAAUGUGCGCCGUACUUGGACAAGUUUGAUGAGGAUAAGCAUUUCCAGAUUCAUGUUCCACUUAUGGCGCAGAAGAGCCCGGCACUGUUAUAUGCUAUGCUUGCGUUUUCAUCACGGCAGAUGGAACGGAGAGGAUUGACGCAGGAGGGGGGAUGCGAUAGUCUUGAGUUGUAUCAGGAGAGUAUUAGGUUGUUGAGUCCUGGAUUGCAAGCUAAAGAUCCCAACAUGCUUGUGACAGCUUGUAUUCUUGCUGUUUUUGAACUCAUGUCUGGUGGCUCCAAGAACUGGAAGCGUCAUGUCGAGGGAUGCGCUUCGCUUUUUGAGUUCUUUGGAGUUGAUGGUUUCUCUGGUGGUCUGCCCCAGGCUGUGUUCUGGUGCUAUGCCAGGAUGGAGUUGUGCGGAGCGAUUAUAUCAGAUGGGACAGAAACUGCUGUUCUUCCACUCUCAAAAUGGGCACCAGCUGCACCUGAGUCGCUGAUAUCCUCUGGACAAGUCGAGCGAUAUGUGCGAGACAUGUUUCAUCAAAGGAGUCGGGAUUGUCCUGACAUGCAAGCCAACUGGGCCAUUUACCUCUGCACGAAAGUCUGCGAUCUAAGAUUUCGGAGGACGCAAAGCCUAGAACUAGGACGAGCAGACGUUCAAGAUGACAGACCCUUUCAAGAACAAUGGCAACAACUCUGGAACGAGCUCCAAUACUGGCUUGACGAGCGUCCAUCAACAAUGAAGCCAAUUAGCAUGGUUGAAGCAGGUGAUAAGCAGAUUUUCCCAGCCAUGCUUUUCCCCCACUGGGCUGCUAUAUCAAGCAACCAGAUCUAUCACACAGCAUGUAUUCUCAUGCUAGAAAUGCGUCAUGAUUUAGAUUCACAGUGUUUAGCGCUGUGGCAUGCACGACAAGUCUGUGGAAUAUCCUGCGCAAAUCUUCAUCCAGGAAGUCUUGUGAACUCUAUACAGCCGCUUUAUAUAGCUGGGAAGUUAUUCUCACAUGUUAAUGAGAGGAAGCAGAUUGCAAGGUUGUUGAAGAGUAUUGAUAGGACGACGGGAUGGGGAGCUUUGUGGAGGUUGACGGAUCUUGAGGCUGAAUGGGGCUAUGAUGUUGGCGCGCUGCUGAAGACGCUGUAAGGACUUACGACAGGGAUUUUAGCGAGUAAGGC